GUUUUUUUUUCUUUCUUUUGGUACAUUGUAUUUCGAUCAUCAUUAGUGACCAGGAUUAAGAAUGACGUACUUUGAAGCUUUCAAUGUGUUUUAUUGACUUAGAAGAUUGGGAUGUUGGCGCACCGCUCUGUCUUAUACAGCCAUUCUUCCAGCUCGUAAUUCCUGAAGCUUUCACCUUCUCAAUUCGCUCCCAUCCAGCUCGUAAGAUCAAGUUCAUUGGAAUUUCUAAGCAAAUCCGGGUUCUUAAAAUUAGCUAUAUCAAUCCGUAAAAAUUAGCUAAGAUGAAGAAAUUGACAAUCCGUAAAAAAGCCAUUGAUUCGAAAAAGAAGCAGUGUGAGUUGUCAACUGAGGUGGGUAAUGUAAGGGUAGAUGAUGUCUUGAUUGAAAGUUCUGAGCUGUUUUUAGCAAAUGUAGAUGGUAAUGCUGAUGAGGUUGAGGAUAGUAGUAGUGAUGAUGAUUAUACAUGUGUUAAUGAAGAUGAAUAUGAGAAUGAUUCUGAUUUGUUUGCGGAAAAUGUAGUUUAUGGUCUUGAUGAUGUGUUUAUAGACGAUGAGGAAGUUAGGUUGAUAUUAGAUAAGGAGGUUGAUGAGCAAAACAACACAGACAUGUACUUUAAUGAUGAUGAACCGCAGUCUGAUGAUUAUGAUUUGAGUGCCUUGAUUGAUGAUGAGGAAGGUAUAUGCAGCUAUCCUACAUUCAACCCUGAGAUUGAUUUCAAGGGUAAGAUUAAUUUGUCUUUAGGGCUUAAGUUUCCUUCGACAUAUGUGUUUAGAAAAGCACUAAGGUACCAUGCUAUUGAAUGUGGUUACAAUUAUUAUUACCUGCAUAAUGGUACAAAUAGGAUCAGUGUGUAUUGCUACAACAGAUGUGAUUGCAUGAAAUUGAAAGGUAGAAUUGUGAACUGUGUUUGUGGGAAGGAGAAGAAGUGUUAUUUUAAGGUUCAUGCCGUGAAAUUGAAAGAUGAGGAGACAGUUCAAAUAAGGAGUUAUUUUCCAAACCACACAUGUGGUCACCAACACCAAAAUAAGAAAGUCACUGCUUUGUAUUUAGCUGAGAAAUACAUAGAUGAUUGGAGGGACAAUCCAACCUGGGAAUUAAAGGCAUUUAAGAAACGGGUUAAUAGAGAGUUAGGUUGUGAAGUGAAGUAUUCUAAGUGUUACAUGGCUAAAAGAAUUGCAAUGAAAAUGCUAUAUGGUGAUGCUAGUGAAGAGUAUAGCAGGGUUUGGGAUUAUGCGGAAGCAAUAAGGACGUUUAAUCCAGGAAGCACAGCAAUCGUUAAAUGCAUUGGAAUAGACACACCCCCACCUUUGUUCCAAAGGAUGUAUAUAUGCUUGACAGCGUGUAAGGAGGGGUUUGUAGCUGGCUGUAGGCCUAUUAUAGGUGUUGAUGGGGCACAUCUGAAGGGAAAAUUCCCUGGGGUUUUGUUGACUGCUGUUGGUAAAGAUGGGAACAAUAAUAUCUUUCCCAUUGCAUGGGCUGUGGUUGAAACUGAAAAUGUAGAAACAUGGAUAUGGUUUCUAAAUCUUCUGGUGGUAGACCUUAGGUCGGUAACUGCAUCGAGUAGUUGGGUUGAAGCAGAAGGUGAAGCUUUCACCUUCAUGAGCGAUAGGCAAAAGGGUUUGGUCGAAGCUUUGAACUCAGUGGUUCCUGAAUGCGAAAUUAGGUUUUGCUGUAGGCAUAUAUGGGCGAACUUCAAGAUCAAGUUCCCUGGAGAGUUGUUCAAACAACACUUUUGGAGUGCAGCCAGAGCCUACAACAAGAAUCAUUUUGAUAGAGAAAUGAAUGUAAUAAAGAAUAUUUCUAUUGACGCAUAUGCAUAUCUAGCUGCUAUUCCUGCAAAACAUUGGUCUAGGCAUGCUUUUUGUAGUAGGAGUAAGUCUGGGAUGUUAUUGAACAAUAUUUGUGAGGCAUUCAACAAUGUGUUAGUAGAAGCAAGGGCGAAGCCUAUAAUUUCCCUAAUGGAGUCGAUUAGGAGAUAUGUAAUGCAACGAAGCGCAGCCAAAAGGGAAGGGUUGAGUAACUUUCAAGGUGAGUUGAUGCCAGCUAUCACUAAAAUUAUUGAAAAAAAUGCAAAAGAAAUAUAUGGUUUAAGGGUAAUCCCAGUGGAUGUUUAUGAGUUUGAGGUGGAUGAUAUUGAAGACUGUUACGUUGUAAACUUGGCCAAUAGAACUUGCCAUUGUGGAAGUUGGCAGCUUAUAGGAAUUCCUUGCAAACAUGCCGUUGCUUGUAUUGUGCUUAGAAAAUUAGAUGCCAAAGACUUUGUCCACGAGGCGUAUCUCAUAGAAACGUAUCGAAAAACGUAUAGUCCAAAGUUUUAUGGUAUGCCAGGACACAAAAUGUGGCCAACAACCACUUUAGCCAAACCACUUCCUCCACCAUAUAGAAAGAUGCCUGGAAGGCCUAACAAGAGGAAAAGAAAGAAGGAAGUUGGUGAAGGUAAAGGAGGAAAGAAGGCUAUUACAGAAUUCAAGCAAAGGAGAUGUGGUAUUUGCGGUGAAGUUGGUCACUACAAAAAGGGCUGCAAAAAUCAACCUAAACCACCACCACCAACAAAGACCAAGUCAAAAGGUGGAAGGCCUAAAAUGGGAUCUUCUUCUACUCAACAAUCUACAACCAAUGAUGUGCCUAGCUCCAGUGGUCAACAACAAACGCAAAACGCUGCAUCUACUUCAUGUAUAAUGGAUCAAAAUAGUCAAAUAUAGACUUGUACUAUGUUGAAUUAUGUCUGGGAUGUACCCUGUAAUGUUGAGCUUAAUUAAAUGUUUUUUAGCAAAUGAAGUAUGUAUACUCAGAAUGUACUGUUGCUCUAAUAUUGCUGUACCCAGUUGAACUUAAUGUAAUGUUCCUUGCAAUCAGUAAUUGAAUUAUUUGCACUAUCUUGAAUCAGUAGGCAUAUAUGUGUGAAUCAGUAAUGUUGCUGUACCCUGUACCCUGAAGUGCUUUGAAUCAGUUCACAUUUUGAAGAUGAGUAUACAGAGUAUCAGUGAAGCUGAGUAUCAAAGUGUGCUUUGAAUCAGUACUUUUUGUGCUUUGAAUCAGUAUGCAGAAGAUGAGUAUGCAGAAAAUAUGUGCAGCAAUGUGUAAUUGAACUGAUUGUUUAAGUUGAUUGAAUAGUAAUUGAAUAGUAAUUGAACUGAUCAUGUGGAUUUAAGUUGAUUUCUAUUGCAGCAACUGUGUGUUUGAAGUUGAACUGAUUGUUUGUGCAGCAUGUAUUGAAGUAAUCAGUAAUUCAACUAAAAUUGAAUAUUGAAUAGAAGUUGAAAUGAUCAGUUCAGUAAUUUAAGUUUAUCAUUAGCAAUGUGUGUUUGAAUCAAGAAUGUGUGUGCAUCAACAAAUUGAAUCAAUAUUGGCCAUAAUCAGAAAAUGUGUUUGAAACAAGGUGUUGAUGUUGAUGUUGUGCAACAAGGUGUUUGAAACAGCAAUGAACUGAUCUUGUGGUGCAAAUGUGUUUGAAUUGUGUUUGAGGAUGAUUUUGAACUGAUCAUCAAACACAUCACCAACAGAACUGAUCAUUUUAGUAUGCAACAAUGUUGAUGUUGAUGUUGAACAUUAAAGUAUGUAGCAAUGUUCAAUAAUUGAAGAGAGCCAUGUUUAGUAUUCAAUGUUCAACAGAUCAUCAACCACAUCAGUUCAUCAGUUCACCAGCAAACACAAAGCAAAUUUUGGCAAAUCAAUUCACACACAGCACCACAGCAAUGUUCAACAACUCAGUACAUCAUUCAUUCAUUCAUUCAUACACAACACCACAGCACCACAACAAACAUACACAGCACCACAUCAAACAAAGGAAGCACAGAACAAUACCUGCAAAGAAAAUUAAAUGGAAAAAAUAAAAAGAUCAUUCAUUCAAUCAGAAUCAUCAUGUUACAAUAUCCAAAUCAAUCUUACAAUAAUGCUUAACUAGGUGCUAAACAUCAGUUAGCACCCUUGAUUAAUACAAGAAAUACCAACAGAAAACAAAACAAAAACCCUAAAAAAAAGCUUUUGAUAUGAUUUCCAAGCUCCCUCUGAUUCAACCAUUUCUUCUUCAACAUUUUAAUUUCUGAAAGAGCUUGUUUAUUUUCGUGUUCCAAGCAACAUAUCCUUGAUGUCAAGAUCUUGAUUUCAGUUGCCAAUUGACGCUUUUCCUCCACAAGCUUGUUAGUGAGUUUUCUUUGCCAAACAACCAUUUCAGGUUCAUCAACCCAUUUAAACUUUUUGCAACCCCUCGAUUUUGUAUCAGGAUUAUAAAAAACGCAAGUAUUAAACCUUCUUCCAGGAUUUUCCUUGGUCCAUGAAACCCUCCUUGCAAAGGGAACUCCACACGCACAAUUUUCAAUGGAAGAGUUUUUGCUUGAAGAAGAAGCAGACAUAACUGAUUAAUUGGAAGAAAACGAUGAUCUUUGAGAGAAUUAGGGUUUAUCGCAAAUGGGAGAAAAGAGGAAUGAAUGGAAGAUGAAGCAGGAUUGAAUGCUGGGAAGUGAAAAGAAGGAGACUUAGGUUAAUGAAGGUGACACGUGACUGGCACGUGCUGGUCAACGUCAAAAUUAGCGGUCAAAGGCCUAAUUCCGUUACAAGGUACUCUUUUGCAAAAUAAUGUAUUAUGUAAGGUAGUUUUUUGCAAAAUUUUUUAGUUAAGGUAGUUAUUUGCAAAGUUGGGUUUAUGUUAGGUAGUUUUUUAACAUUUUGCCAAAAAUAAAUGGAACACUAAAUGGGAAUUACAAAAAUCCCCUUCCUAAUCAGUAAUCAUUAAUCACAAUUAACUACCUUCUCCUAUGAUAUUGCCAAGGUAAAACACAUCAUUAGCAUUAACAAAUCCGCCAUUGAUACACAAUCCAAGUUCGCCAUACUCCUGCGAUUCCCUCUCUUUGCGAUAUAAUCUCAUCGAUUGAUCGAUCGGAAAAGAUGAUGCUUUCACGAAUCAGUCGUUCUAUUUCCAGAUCUUUCCGUUCCUCAUUCUUGAAUUCCAUUACUGGUUGUGAUGGUUAUGGUGCUAGAGUUGCGAAUCCAUCUGGUGUAUUUGUAUCGCGCAAUGAACCUGUAUCAGGGUUGUUGGGUUUUAAUUUUUCAUCAAUUACAGCAGUUAAGCAGGCUGGUCCUUCGUUUUCUUCUUUUUCUAACCCUAAUUUUGUUAAUCCGAGUUUUGCAAGGUUCUUCUCUACUGUUGCUGCAAACAAUCAAAGUUAUGACAUAAAGGAGAGUAAGGUAGAAAUUAAAGAAGAUAAGAGCGUACCGAUUUCCAAUAGAGUUGCAGGAUUGUACCAUACAGCUGUAUCUCCCUUGUUCCAUGUUGAAGAAGGGCUCAACGAGAUUAUUGCUGAUUAUGUUCAUCAUGAAAUGACCCGAGCUUUUAUCUUGGUCUGUGUUAGAUUGUAUCUUUUGAUCGUUAUGAAAGAUGUUAUAUUGGCACUCUUUUUCUAAGGUUAUAAGUCGAUUUGGACAUUUGAUGUGUGAUUUUUCUGGGUUUUGUGUUCUCAAAUCUCAAGUGAUUGGUCGAGUGGAAUGAUCGACCUUUUCAGAACUACAUCUGUCUUUUAUUGUCAAGAAAACAAAAAUAAGUUCACGUUUUGCAACGUUUUUGGUGUUACCAUUUGUUAUUCAAACUUCUUUACUUUAA